AACACCAAAUCCCAGAUCCACCACCACCACGCGCAUUCCCCUCCUUCGUCGUAGGGUUUAUCCCACUCGCGCCGAGUCGACUCACCCGACUCGCUCAUGAACCGGAACCACUAUUACAAGAGCAGCAGCAAUGCCUCCAACAAAGAGAUGGUAAUCAUGGACGCCCGACCCGGAAAGUUGAACAGCCGAUCCAAUUCCAUAUCCGACCCGAACACCAGCCAGAGCCUCGCCUCCAUCCUCAACAACCCCAAUGCCUCCGACGCCUCCUCCUGGGUCGGCUGGUGGUCAUCCUCCGCCUCCGUCGCCCCGCCCGAAUUCGCUCCUCUGGUGCCGAAAUCGGCCUCGGACUCCGUGACCCGAUCCGAUUUCCAGCCUUACCUCGCCUCCGUCUCCGAUCACUACAACCGCUUCGCGGACAUCCUCAACCACGUCAAGAAGGAGAAAUCCGACGUCGACUCCAUUGGCGGCCAAGGCGAAGCCCUCGUCGCGUGCCUACGGGAAGUCCCGGCGCUCUAUUUCAAGGAGGACUUCGCCCUGGAGGACGGCGCCACGUUCCGUUCGGCGUGCCCGUUCACGAACCUCUCCGAGAACCUGGUCCUGCAAGAGAAGCUAUCGCAUUACUUGGACGUGGUGGAGCUUCACUUGGUGAAGGAGAUCUCGCUGCGUUCCAACUCCUUCUUUGAGGCCCAGGGGCAGUUGCAGGACUUGAACGUCAAGAUCGUCGAGGGAUGCAGUCGGAUUCGAGAGCUCAAGGAGACAAUUUUGCUCUUGGAUGUCGAUUUGGUCGAGUGCGCAAGGCAGAUUCAUGAUCUGAAUGAAACCAGGAGCAAUUUGUUGGCUCUGCAGCAGAAAUUGAGGCUCAUUUUAUACGUCAAUCAAGCUCUUUCGGCACUUAAACUCCUUGUUGCCUCUGCAGAUUGUGCUGGAGCCUUGGAUGUCACAGAUGAUUUACAGCAUUUGCUGGAUGGGGAUGAGCUUACUGGUCUACAUUGCUUUCAUCACCUCCGGGAUCGUGUAGCAGCGUCAAUUGAAUCGAUAAAUAGCAUUCUUUCUGCAGAGUUUAUGCAUGCUUCAAUACAUGAUGCUGGAGAUACAGAUGUUAUAAUUAUAUCCAGAGUGAAAGCAAGGGCAUCUAGUAUCAUGAAUGGAGAAGGAGAAGAUGGUGAACAGAUUAAGUUGGAUGAUGAAGAAACCUCCAAUUUUCAAGAUCGUCUUCUUCCUGUCAUCAUUGGAUUGCUUAGAACAGCCAAGCUCCCUUCUGUAUUGAGGUUAUAUCGUGACCAACUUACAGCUGACAUGAAGACUGCUAUUAAAAAUGCGGUUGCAGAGCUGCUUCCCAUUCUUGUUUCACGACCACUGGAGUCAGAUUUUACACCUGGAGAGCGAGUUGAUGCAGAUGGUUUUGGCGCAUCACUUGCGAGCAAGUUGAGGAGCCUGUCAUCUGAGAGCUUUGUUCAACUUUUAAGUGCUAUUUUUCUAAUUGUAAGGGCACAUCUAGUGCGGGCUGCUGAAGUGAAGAAGGCCAUUGAAUGGAUUAUGUGCAACCUUGAUGGUCACUAUGCAGCCGAUUCAGUUGCUGCAGCGAUUGCAGUUGGUGCUGCGGCAGCCGAAACAGCUCAAGAGAGUGAUGGUCAAGGCGGCUUGCUUAUGCCAUAUUCACCCCAUAGGGUUGCUACAAAGGCACUUUCAAUUCAAGGGAAGGCUAAUGAUGCAGCAAGUCCUUCAAACAUCUCUAAGAAUUUUAGAGCUGAUGUGUUACGAGAAAACACAGAAGCUGUUGUUGCAGCAUGUGAUGCUGCUCAUGGAAGAUGGGCAAAGCUACUCGGUGUUCGUGCUCUUCUUCAUCCAAAGUUGAGAUUGCAGGAGUUUUUGAGCAUAUAUAACAUCACCCAAGACUUUAUAACAGCUACAGAGAAGAUAGGGGGAAGGCCAGGAUUUAGCAUCAGGGGAACAAUACAGUCACAGGCCAAAGCCUUCAUGGAUUUUCAGCAUGAAUCUCGAAUGGCAAAAAUUAAGGCAGUUCUUGACCAAGAAACUUGGGUGGAAGUGGAUGUUCCUAAUGAAUUUCAGAUCAUUGUCACUUCACUAUUUAGUUCUGAAUCAUUGGUUUCCGAGAACCUGGAUGCUGUCCAAGAUAAUACAGAAACAAGUUACAAUGAGGUGGCCACAAUCAGUAAUAGUUCACGUGCAGCAGAAACGGGAUCAUCAGUUGCUGAACAGCAAUCUAAAGGGGUGGAGUCUAGUGAAACAUCUGCGGAUGUUACUGCAAGGGAGACACCAAAUUCUGAUGGAACUGAGAAAAAUAAGGCUGAUGUUGCUAAUUCUGUUGCUCAAAAUAACCAUAGCAAUAAGGAGCGAGGAAAAUCAACCUCUCAAAGCAUUUUCUACAAGGGUGUUGGUUUUCACAUGGUAAACUGGUCAGUUGCCUUGUUUUUCAUAUUUCUUUUUGUCUAUCUUUUUGUUUCCCCCAUUUAUUCUUUAUUUUUUUUUACACCAAUCCUGAUUUGCAAUUUGGAGUUUUGUGGCUUGAUAUUGAUGAAGAUGUUGUCAGAGUACAUUGAUAUGAACAACUUUUUUCCAACACUGUCCUCAGAAGUUGUUCAUCGUAUUGUAGAAAUUUUAAAAUUUUUCAAUACAAGAACGUGUCAACUUGUUCUUGGUGCUGGUGCCAUGCAGGUAUCCGGUUUAAAGUCUAUUACUUCUAAACACUUGGCCUUGGCAAGUCAAGUCAUCAGUUUUACGUAUGCUAUUAUUCCUGAAAUCAGGCAAAUUCUUUUUCAAAAAGUGCCAGAGACAAGAAAGGCAUUGCUGCUACCAGAAAUUGAUCGAGUAGCUCAGGAUUAUAAGGUUCACAGAGAUGAAAUACACACCAAGCUAGUUCAGAUCAUGAGAGAAAGGUUAUUGGUUCAUCUACGCGGGUUGCCCCAAAUUGUAGAGAGCUGGAAUAGAUCUGAAGAGGCUGAUCCACAGCCCAGCCAGUUUGCUCGAUCCCUUACCAAGGAAGUCGGAUACUUACAACGUGUUUUAACUCGAACUUUACAUGAGGUCGAUGUCCAAGCGAUUUUCAGGCAAGUAAUUUUGGUCUUCCAUUCACAAAUAUCAGAAGCAUUUUCACGGUUAGAGAUCAGCACACCACAAGCCAAGGACAGGCUGCGCCGGGAUGUCAAACACAUUCUUGGCUGCAUUCGAUCUCUGCCUUCGGAUAAAAUGAGCGAAUCUAGUAUUCCAAACUGGGGUCAGCUAGAUGAAUUUUUGGUGCAGAGAUUUGGCGAGGAAGCCAGUUAAAUGUUGUUGUAAAGUAGCGAGUCACUUGCUUCGUUGGAGAUGGCUAAUCAAAUUUUGGGGAUGUCAGAACCGAUUUCGGUGGCCAAUUCAUUUCCCUUGUACAAUUUUAUUGAGGUUUCCCAUUUUUUCUGAGAUGUAUAAAGUCAGUGUACUCAGAUCCAAAUAUUUCAAGAAGGUUGUUGAAAUUGAAACCAGAAUGUUUUUUCUGUAGCAGUCAUACUUGAAUUACCAUUUGUAUUUACUAGGACGACUCAAAUCAAUGUUUUGCUCCCCUGAUUGUAAUUUUGAGUUAAAAGAUGACGACGAUUAAUUUU